UUUAGGAAAAAAAAAAAAAACGUUGAUCGAAAUAAGACUCGUUAAAUCUCUUAUUCGACGACGCUUCUUCUUCUUCAUCUGACCUCGCUCUGGCGCCGCUUACUAAACCUCUCUGGCAAAGCUUAUUCUUCUUCUUCCUCUCGCACAAUGGGUCAGGACGAGGACCUGAAGAAGAAGAGGAAGAAGAAGAGGAGUAGAAGCAACGAGAAAAGUGUUGAGCUAGUAGUAGCUAAUGAAGCGAAGCAGAUUCAACAACAAGAACAAGAGAAAGGAGAGAUAGCUAAUGAAGAGAAUCAGAAGCCGAAGCCGAAGCAGCAACAACAAGGGAACCAAAACCCAAACAAGAAGAAGAAGAAAAACCAAGAGUCCUUUCCAUUCGGAAACUACAAAAACUACUAUGGCUAUCGAAUAAGCAAUGAUAUGGAUGAGGAUCCACGGCUUAAAGUGUUGAAGAAAGAAUGGUUUCAAGGCAAGGACUGUCUUGACAUCGGCUGCAAUAGCGGCGUCAUGACUAUCCAUAUUGCUAAUAAGUUUGGUUGCCGGAGCAUCCUUGGAGUUGAUAUUGAUUCAAGUCGGGUCGGGGAUGCUCAAUGGCAUCUUAGGAAUUUUAUUAGGAAGCAGAAUCACGCCAAGCCAGGUGAAAAGAAAUCUACUUCAGUGGGUUCAGAUGGAGUAGCUCUUGGUUCCAAGGAGGAAUCUGUUUCUCUUUCUAAUGGCAGCUCAGAAACUAAAGACCUGCUUCAGAUUGUGUCCUUUCAGAAAGAGAAUUUUGUUCAUACUCGAAACCUUGACGAGAAUCGUUAUGAUACAAUUCUAUGUUUGAGUGUGACAAAAUGGAUUCAUUUGAACUGGGGUGACGAUGGUUUGAUCACCUUAUUUUCGAAAAUCUGGCGCCUUCUUAAUCCGGGUGGUACAUUUAUAAUGGAACCUCAGCCUUGGAAAUCUUAUGAAAAGAAUCGUCGUGUCUCAGAGACAACUGCAAUGCAUCACCGAACCAUUGUCUUACGUCCAGAACAUUUCCAAGAGAUACUUCUUGAUAAGAUUGGGUUUAGAACAGUGGAAGAUCUUACGUCAAGCUUGUCUGGCGUAAGCAAAGGAUUUGACAGACAGAUUCUUGCAUUCCAGAAAUGAACAUAACAAGCUGCAGAGACCACAAUGGAGGAGAAGACCAAGUUUGAUCUCUCUUUUUUAUAAGCCUAGUGAAAAUCAAAUUAGCUGUGAAGAACAACUACAAAGUUGCUUCUUACUAAAUAUGUAAUGGCUUUUUGCUACUGCUUAGUCUCUCUAAUCCAACUCAACAGGGGUCCUCUUUUUUUGCACACGGUUAAUGGCACAAAGUUCAUUUCAUAAA